GUAAUGUUUAUCGAGCAUUUAUGCAUUGUACCCAUUACAGGGGAUGCAAAUUCCAAACCGUGCUUAUGUCCUAAUCCUGACACUCAGUGACAGCGAGAAAUUGUUGUACGAGGUGUUGAUGUUUCAACUAAACAUUAGAUCAACUUUCUAUAACAAGUUCAGCUAAUUUCUCUAAUCAUUAAAUCCGACCUUUUGGUCAAUUUACUAUUAAGGAUUUCAGUUACAAAUCUUCAGUUAAUCAAAUAAAUUGAUGAAAAUGCGUUUCCGUUCACAUAACUUUAAGUAAUUUUAUGCCAAUUGUAAACAUUAGUGAUAAUAAUAAUAAAUUUAUAGCCACAAUGUCAUCAUGAUAUAUCGCCUUGUUUCCAGAGGAAAAUGUCGAGGUUUAAGAGCGUAAAAUGCGUUCUCUUCGAUAUGGAUGGAUUGAUCCUUGACACUGAGAACCUUUAUACCCUCGGCACACAAACUAUACUCCAGGAAUAUGGGAAGAAUGAUAAUUGAACACUAUCAGCUGCCUCUGAAACCUGAACAAUGGAUUCAACGUUCUACGGAGGUGUACCAGCAACUUUUCCCCAAUGUGAAAUCACUUCCAGGAGUCAGUAAAUUAGUUCAUCAUUUGGCUAAACACAAUAUACCUAUAGCUAUUGCAACUAGUAGCUCAACCAGUGCAUUUGAGAUGAAAACCAGAAAUCAUUCUGGACUCUUCUCUCUCUUUGAUUUAAUUAUCAAGGGGGACAAUCCUGAGGUUAGACGAGCAAAGCCUAGUCCUGAUAUUUUCCUGUUGGCAGCCAGCAAACUCAAUAUCGCCCCAGAAGACUGUUUGGUGGUAGAGGAUGCACCCCUUGGGGUUCAGGCUGGACUAGACGGGGGUAUGCAGGUUCUCAUGGUCCCUGAUUAUAAACUUGACCCAGAGCAUGCUAAGCUUGCUUCUCACAGUGUUCAACAUCUUCAUCAAUUUGAUCCUAAAGAUUUUGGAUUACCUAGUUUUGGAUAUAAACCUGUGACGCAUAUUAUCUUUGAUAUGGACGGACUUCUUCUUAAUACUAUGAACAUGUACAGCGAAGCGUCUGCACGUAUACUCGGUAAACAUGGAAAACAGUCAGACUGGAAUUUUAAGAUGAAGGUGAUCGGGAGAAAGUAUCUUGAGGUUGCUACAAUGGCUGUGGAACACUAUGAGCUACCGUACACACCAGAGGAAUAUCUCAGACUGCACCAGGAGGAAACCUUCUCCAUGUUCCCAACCUGUGAACUACUACCCGGAGCUGAGAAACUUAUCCGACACCUUCAUGCAAGGAACAUUCCUAUAGCUGUAGCAACCAGUAGUACACGUGAUGUCAUGGAGAUGAAAACCAAAUCAAAACAUUCAGAAAUAUUCUCGCUCUUCUCACAUAUUGUUACAGGUUGUGAUCCUGAAGUGAUCAGGGGUAAACCGUCCCCAGAUAUAUUUGAGGUCUGCAGAACAAGGUUCAAAGACGCCCCCUAUGCUAGUCAGUGUUUAGUGUUUGAGGACGCCCCUAAUGGAGUGGAAGCCGGCAUAGCUGCAGGAAUGCAGGUUGUAAUGAUACCUCACCACAAGGUUACCAAGGAGCAUCUCCUUCCUGCAACACAGCUUCUUCCUUCCCUUCUAGACUUUCAACCUCAGGACUUCAAUCUUCCCUCCUUCUAGUCUUUAAUCUUCAAUCCCUUCUAGUCUUUAAUCUUCCUUCCCUUCUAGUCUUUAAUCUUCCAUCCCUUCUAGUCCUUAAUCUUCCUUGUCUUAAUUUCUUAAACAUUUAUGAUAAACAAUGACCAUGAUCUGCCAAAAUCAUUUUAAUCUUUAUUCUUCAAAACAUGUUAACUUUAGAGUUUCGAAGGUUAAUUUCUUAAAUCAAAUGUUUAAAAAAUUUGCAUAAAACUCGGAGAACUAGAACAAUUUUCAGAAUAUACUUUUAUGUUUAGCAUUAUUAUAAAACAUUAUCUUUAUUUCAGA